AUGGGGCUUUCCAAGGUCGCCGGGACAGUGCGUCCUCAGGCUCCUUCCUUUCGCCGAGUCCGGCUCAGUCGCGUAGUCCUGCCGGCUCUCCUCGUGAUCGGCUUCCUGUUGUUGACUUCCUACAAUCCGCCGCAAUCGAAAUACGUCCUCGAGUUCCACGGAGACGCCCAGCUCACACAAUCACAGUGGGACAGAUUUGACGCGCAGCUCCAGAAGUGUGAACAGUACAGCGCGCCAUGGGUGUCGUACUCGUUCCCAGUCCCUGCCAACCGCAGCAACCCGCGAUGGAACCCGGUGAGUGGACAGUCCCAGACGACGAUAUUGCGGAAUGUGACUCUUUUCGACGGCGAGAUCCUAUACACCGAGCCCGUUGAUGUCGUUUUCCGCGAGGGCGUGGUGCAGUCUGUUUCAUCAUCAAGCAAUGCUGCCGAGUUCAAAGCAGACUCCAAUACGAUUGUCCGUCACUAUAACGGCGAUUUUGUAACCCCGGGCCUGGUGGACAUGCAUUCGCACCAUCUGGCUCUGAGCUGGCCAGAGCUCGCAAACACGGCUGAUGGAAAUGAGAUCAAUGACGAGACGGGGCCUUUGACCCCCAUGGUCCGAUCUCUUGAUUCUAUGAAGCCGUAUGAUAUUGCUGCCUCCAUUAUUGCAUCCGGCGGAGUGACUACGUCGCUCAUUCUUCCAGGUUCGGCAAAUAUCAUGGGCGGCGAGGCAUUCCCCGUGAAGAACUUCCUUAAAGGCGGAGAGCACGGCGAGGAAGUGGUCGAAGAGUUGCUUCUCGAACAUGGCAUUCCCAAAGAGGAUCGCCGUCGAUAUUUGAAGAUGGCCUGUGGUGAGAAUCCGCGCAGGGUGUACCACCACACUAGGAUGGGAAAUGCAUGGAAGCUUCGCCACCACAUGGCGCGAGCUCAAGACUUGCGAGAAAACCAGGAUGCCUGGUGUGCUGCAGCCUCAACAGCCAAGCAGAAUAGAGAUGCUACUGCUGUGGCCAGUCUUCUUGCCGAAGGCCCAAAUGGAAAGGGAGGUUUGCCAGAAGAGCUUGAAUUGGACUCAUCUGUCGCCAUGUUAAGAGGCAAGAUUGGUAUCAAUGUUCAUUGCUAUGAGCCAGAAGAUUUCGAGGAUAUGCUUCUUCAUAGUGAAGAGUUUGGCUUCCGCAUUCAGGCCUUCCACCACGCCUUGAGCGCGUGGAAGGUACCGGAAAUGAUUAAGAGCAGCGGACAGAAUAUCACAAUUGCGACAUUCGCCGAUUUCAGUUUGUACAAGAAGGAGGGUUAUGAUGGGAAUUUAUACGCCGGUAAAAUCCUGGCUGAGCACGGCGUACCGGUUGCCUAUAAAUCGGACCAUUCCGAUGAGCUCACCAAUGCUAAAUAUCUAGUAUCUCAAGCUGCCACUGCACAUUCCUUUGGUCUUUCAGAAAUUCUUGCUUUGCAAUCAGUCACCAGUGUUCCGGCAAGAUCUCUCGAACUGCAUCAUCGCAUCGGCUAUGUGAAGCCUGGCUUCGAUGCAGAUAUUGUCGUAUGGGACGCGCAUCCAUUAAUCGCCGGCGCUACACCGAAGCAAGUGUUUAUCGACGGCAAAUCUACACUAGAUGAGAGAGUCGACCAUUCCAGGACCAACACCCUCGACAAGCCCAAGAUGCGUGCAGAAACUGCACCCGAAGACGUCGGAGCUUUUUGUUCAAGUACAAGCAAAGACGACACCGUGAUAAUCACCGGAAUUACCACCUCUUAUUUGAAGAAUCUACACACCAAGCAAUUAUCUUCGACAGGAAACUUGACGAUGGUCCUUACGAACGGACAGAUUGAAUGCCUUGGAGAGCACACCGAAUGCGUUUCAACUAAUUCAGUCGGCAAAGUGAUCUCUCUUCACAAUGGCCACGUACUCCCCGGUUUGACCACGGUGUCAAGUGGCCUGGGCCUUAUCGAGAUACCGUCCGAGGCUAGCACAGUUGAUGGAGCUGGCGAUUCGAACGCGAACAUCUUUGACCCGGAGUCUGCCCUCUAUGCCAAAUACGGAAUUCACUCUGAAGGCAAAGCCUUUGAUCGAGCACGGCUUGGAGGCGUGACUCGAUCCAUCACCUAUCCGAAUACCAACGGCUUUUUGAAAGGCGUUAGUGCUGGCAUCAAGACAGCUGAAGGCAGCAACCCUCUCAAUGGAGGAAUAUACAAGGAUGACGUUGCAUUGCAUUUCGUCGUUGGACAGGAUGCUAAAGACUCGUCCCAGACCCCAACGGUAUCCAAGUCUGUUGCCUCUCUUAGAAAGAUACUGUCAGAGAAUAAGGGCAAAGAUACACUUUAUGGAAAGGCUGCCGACGGAAAGAUCCCGGUCGUGGUGCAUACCGAAAACAAGUACGACAUCCUUCAACUGAUUAAGAUUAAGAAAGACUAUCCCAAAGCGAGAUUGGUCGUAUAUGGCGCUGCCGAAGCACCUAGUGUUGCCGAUGAAAUUGUUGCAGCCGACCUCCCACUAAUUUUUGCCGCUGCUCACUCUGCACCAUCAACUUGGGAAAAGAAAGAUGUUCUCGUUGGACCGCCAUUGACGAUAUCCUCUGUGCAAGUUCUGGUAGAAUCGAAUGUCACAUUUGCGCUUGCAUUGCCUCCUGAUUAUGACUGGCAUCUCGCAAACCUUCCCAUUGAAGCAGCUGCCAUUGCCAAGCAGGCCGGCCUCGGGGCUCAGGAAGCGGUGAAUCUCUUCUCGGGCAAGCUUGAUGACAUUCUCGGGUUUGAGGGAGUAGAGAGGAAUUCGGACUGGGUGAUUUGGGAAGGAAAUCCGCUAGAGUACGGGGCCAACGUUGUUUUGACGGUCGAUGGGAAUGAUGGUGCUAUUGUUGGAUGUUGGCCGGAAUCUGACUGA